AGCUUGAACAGAUCCUUCACAUCACAUAAUUCAACAUCCAUGAUGCUUACUCUUCUCCAUGGAUUGAGAUGACAUCUGAAAACAAAGGUAUGGCUAGAAAAUUUGCAGUUGGAGGGAAACAUUCUGAGGUUGUUAACGGCGGUAAAAUUUCAAAAGCAGCAUUUUCUUCUGCUGUGCUCGUACUAGAUGCCCUUCUCGUUUCUCUCAUAAUCGCCUAUGUCCCCUAUACAAAAAUAGACUGGGAUGCCUAUAUGUCGCAGGUAACUGGGUUUCUCCAAGGAGAAAGAGAUUACCGUAAUCUGAAAGGGGAUACUGGGCCUCUGGUGUAUCCAGCCGGCUUUCUCUAUGUAUAUUCUGCUAUUCAAUAUGUUACUGGAGGAGAGGUCUACCCAGCUCAAAUUAUUUUUGGCAUUCUAUACAUUGUUAAUUUGGGAAUCAUCUUAUUUAUAUAUGUGAAGACUGAUGUGCUUCCAUGGUGGGCUCUCUCUUUGCUUUGUUUGUCAAAAAGAGUCCAUUCCAUAUUUGUGCUUCGUCUGUUUAAUGACUGUUUUGCCAUGACUUUUCUUCAUGCUGCACUGGCAUUACUUCUUUACCAAAGAUGGCAUCUGGGACUGGUUAUUUUCAGUGUGGCUGUUUCGAUAAAGAUGAAUGUGCUCCUUUAUGCCCCACCAUUAUUAGUUCUUAUGUUAAAGGCUAUGACCAUCAAGGGGGUGAUAUCUGCCUUGACAGGUGCAGCAUUAGUGCAGAUUCUGUUGGGGCUGCCCUUUUUAUUAACACUUCCAGUUGCAUACAUUUCUAGAGCCUUCAAUCUUGGGCGUGUCUUUAUCCACUUCUGGUCUGUUAACUUCAAAUUUGUUCCUGAAGAGGUUUUUGUAUCAAAGGGAUUUGCAUUCGCCUUGCUUAUUGUUCAUCUUGUACUACUUACAGGUUUUGCUCAUUAUAGAUGGUGCAAGCAUGAAGGGGGCCUUGUCCGUUUCCUGCAUUCCAAAUUUGAAACUAUGAAAUUGAGAAGCGCUAUAUCAAGCUCCUUCUCUCUAAAGCAGUUCUAUCAUGAUGACUCAACCCUCAAGAUUGUCAGUAAAGAACAUAUUGUGGCUAGCAUGUUCGUUGGUAACUUCAUUGGCAUUUUUUGUGCCAGAUCACUUCAUUAUCAAUUUUAUUCAUGGUAUUUCUAUAGCUUGCCAUUUCUUCUGUGGAGAACACCUUUCCCCACUUCACUGCGACUAAUCUUGUUCCUUGGGGUGGAAUUAUGCUGGAAUAUCUACCCUUCCAACUUAUACUCUUCUUCUGCUCUCUUCUGUAUCCAUUUAGCCAUAUUGUGGGGUCUCUGGACUGCAAGAUGUGAAUACCCCUAUUUGGAUAGUAAGUCAACUCAAAACAAGGAGGAAUGAGAUCCAGGUGUUUCUGUUCUGCACAGAGGAGAAAGUCGGCUCAAAAGCUUGUUUCGUUCGUGACUUCACUUCAUUUUUCUACCAGUUUGCAUCUCAUCUAUUAGUUACUGCUCAUCUGUGUUGAGGUGUUAUCGAUCUUGUGUGUAUUAUUUGUUAUCUUCAUAAUUUUGAUUAAAUUAUGAACAUGGCCUUUGAAU